GCCCUUCUCUGCGCUCAUUCGCUCUCCCCAGCAGCCCGGAUGUAGCGCACAGGACCGCACAGUCCUCCACUCAAGAGAUAAUAACAUGGCGCUGGCAGACACAUAACGGUGCUCAUCCCUCUGACAAUAUGUGCAAGAGCAGACCAAAUACAAGCCGACGGGACAUGUGAGCUCUUCGACCCCCAGCACAAGCAGGUUUGCCAGGGUUAUCCAGCAUGUUUGGGAAGAAGAAGAAACGGCUGGAGAUCUCCGCUCCAUCUAACUUUGAGCAUCGGGUCCACACGGGCUUCGACCCACGGGAGCAGAAGUUCACCGGGCUGCCACAGCAAUGGCAGAGCCUGCUGGCCGACACUGCCAACCGGCCCAAGCCCAUGGUGGAUCCCUCCUACAUCACCCCCAUCCAGCUGGCGCCCAUGAAGAUAUCUCCCCAGAAAGUCCGGUCGUCUGAAACGCCGUUGCCCAAAACCAUUGUUCGAGGGAACCGGCCACCCAAAGAUGCAUCCAUUAACGGCCUGCUAGAGGAGUUUGACAACAUUUCAGUAACACGUUCCAACUCCCUGCGUAAAGAGAGCCCGCCAGGCGUCCAGCAGGCUGGAACCAGCUCCAAACCAUUAGGCAGUGGUCAUCUCGCUGCUCUGGAGGAGAAUGGAUUCAACCACUACUACUCCCGCUACUCAUGCGAUCUGGAUUCCUCUAGCAGGGACUUUUCCCUGGAUUCUGGCAAGCCAAGCUUCUCCAUAGACGGAGACUGGGCCGUCGGGAGGCAUUACCGGUUCACUAAGCAGAACGGCCAUUCACACCCUAUACGCAGCCCCUUCUACCCUGACGCCAUGCCCCAAAAGUCAGACUAUGGAAAGCUCCCGCCAGACUACCACACCUAUUUGGAGAGCAAAGGGCGCUCGGCUGACGAGGUGGCCUCCACAGUUGGCAGCGGAGUGGGCUCCAGCGGCUACUACCGAGCCUCAGUUGGAGGCUCGUCCAGCCAGGACUACCGGGACACAUCCGUUGGCACGCCUUCCCGUGCCUCUCUUCACAGCGAGCAGAUCAACUACCCAGACAGCGAGUGGAGCUAUGGCGGCUUACGGGACGAGUAUGACAAGAGACCCAAGAGCUCCUAUGUGACCCAGACGAGUCCAACACCAGCUAUCAGGCAGCGAUCUCGGUCCGGAUCAGGACUGCAGGAGCAAAAUGCUCCCUAUGCAGCCAGUGGGAUCUUGAGGAACCCUCCUCAGGCCCACCCGUACAGCUCUUACACCUACCCUCGCCUCUCUGAGAGUCUCGCCAACUCACAAACAAUAGGCAAGGGCGAUUAUGAGCGUUCGUCACGUGAUGAAGGUCCCCAAGUCGCAGGUGGUGACACCUACUUCAGAGGGCCUCUCAAGCUACCUCAGAGCCACACCAAACUGCCUGGCUACCCACCAGCACACCUACCAUACCCCCCUAUGUUUCACCAUUACAAGCCCUCUCCUUACCAUCAUCCUCCCUCCCAGCCCAGCCCACCGUACACCCCUCAGGGGGCCUACUCGCAGCCUUCAUCUCCGUACAUACCCCCAGGGGCUUAUCCUCCUCCUUCAUGGGGGUCCAGCUCUGACACCCAGCCCUCCCGAGUCUCCCACGAGCAGUUCAGAGCUGCACUUCAGCUGGUGGUCAACCCAGGCGACCCUCGGGAAUACCUGGACAACUUCAUCAAGAUCGGCGAGGGCUCCACGGGGAUCGUGUGCAUCGCCAGCGAGAAGCACAGCGGCAAGCAGGUGGCGGUCAAGAAGAUGGACCUCAGGAAGCAGCAGAGGAGAGAGCUGCUCUUUAACGAGGUGGUGAUCAUGAGGGACUACCAUCAUGAAAAUGUUGUGGACAUGUACAACAGUUACUUGGUGGGAGAUGAGCUGUGGGUGGUCAUGGAGUUCCUGGAGGGAGGGGCACUCACUGACAUUGUGACUCACACCAGGAUGAACGAGGAGCAGAUCGCAACAGUGUGUCUGUCGGUGCUGCGGGCUUUGUCCUACCUGCACACACAGGGCGUCAUUCACCGAGACAUAAAGAGCGACUCCAUUCUGCUGACCAGCGACGGAAGAAUCAAGCUGUCCGACUUUGGCUUUUGCGCCCAGGUUUCCAAAGAGGUGCCCAAGAGGAAAUCUCUUGUGGGCACCCCCUACUGGAUGGCACCCGAGGUCAUCUCAAGAAUACCGUACGGGACUGAGGUGGACAUCUGGUCUUUAGGCAUUAUGGUGAUCGAGAUGGUAGACGGAGAACCCCCUUACUUCAACGAGCCCCCUCUGCAGGCCAUGAGGAGGAUACGAGACAACCUGCCCCCACGGCUAAAGGAAUCUCACAAGGUGUCGACCGUGCUGCGGUCCUUCCUGGACAUGAUGCUGGUGAGGGAGCCGUCACAGAGAGCCACUGCCCAGGAGCUUAUCCAGCACCCGUUCCUCAAGCUGUCCGGACCACCAUCCUGCAUCGUCCCCCUAAUGAGACACUACCGCCAUCGUUGACCUCCUGGCCUAAACUUGUCCUCUUCCACUCUAAAAAACACGUGCUUAUCCACCCCUUAAGGGUGGCACCGCCCACACCCAGUCAAAACAACCCACUGUGCGGUGGCGCGCCACUAACACCUGUAACCGUAACUUAGAUUAGCGUGAGGAAUAUUUAAGGAGUAUGUUUAAAAACACACGCACACAGAAAAGAAGAAAAAAAAAGAAAGCGUGUCCACUGUUUUCAAGAGGAGUCAGAGGAGCUUUUUCGGGCGCUCUGCCGAAACGUGAGCUGGUUUGCAAAGCUGCAGUCUUCUUCCUUCCUAGAUUUAGAGUCUUAAGCUGCACAUAGACUCAUAGUAGCCAUCAGCCUUCCCCAGCUUCAGAAGGGUGUGCUGAGUCGCCGGCGAGGCGGAAGGACCCGUGUGACCCCAUUGCUCCGAAGCAGAGCAGCGGAGGGCCAAACAAUCAGCGUGAGGAGAGAGGCUUCUGACCGUCAUCGGUCCAUCAUUUAGAGGGACAGGCUGCGUCCUCGCAGCUCGGACGCAGACAAGGUCACUCGCGUCUCUCUUUUCGCACUCACGUCAAACGCAAAAUUGUAUUUUAGAGAAACUUGUAACAUUUUUCUGUACAGUUUUGAUAAUUUGCAGUAUUUUAUCGUGUCGUAACUCUUGUGAUAUGAGCAGUAUUAAAUAGAAUUUCUGCAGAGAUUUUUUCCUACUGUUUAUAAUCCAGUUUUUGCUUAAAGAUAUAAGAGAUAUUCCAAAUAAAUCCAGCUAAACUUAACUGUUACUAAAAGUACUUAAUAUAUUUAUGGUCUCACAUUUGUAGACAGAACUUCCAUUAAAUGUUUGAAAAAAAAAAAAGGGUAAUGUCAGAACUUUCUAUGACAUUUUGAAGUAUUUAUUUAUUUAUUGGAAUUGGGGUGGUGUUUUUUUAAUUGUAGUGUGGCCUUUUUUUUUUUUUUGCUUUCUUGUUUUGUUGCUCAUUUUUGUUCCACAUUUCUUAAUGAGCGUUAACGUUAACAGUGCUAUCAGUUGUUAUAUCAUCCCAGCAAUACCCCAAACCUAUUUGUAUAAUCACUAAGCCCUGCUUUUUUAUGGUACUAUAACACCAUGUAGCACAGAUGGAGUGGAUUUGGCAAAAAA